UUGAUAAGAAUCUGGCAUCAAGAGCAUGGCAAUGACUCAUAGCGCUCCUCUUUUUCUUAUUCAUAUCCUCUUCCUUGCUUUACUUCCUUUGAAAAUCACCACAUCACCCACAACAGAAGCAGAAGCUCUUAUCAAAUGGAAGAACAGCUUAAUUUCUUCUUCUCCUCUCAAUUCAUCAUGGUCCCUCACCAACAUUGGGAACCUCUGCAACUGGACAGGUAUUGCUUGUGAUACCACCGGAAGCGUCUCUGUGAUAAAUCUCUCAGAGACACAGCUGGAGGGAACGCUUGCCCAGUUUGAUUUCAGUUCAUUCCCUAAUCUCACUGGCUUCAAUCUCAGCACCAAUUCCAAACUCAAUGGAUCCAUACCUUCUAUGAUUUACAACCUCUCCAAGCUCGCUUUCUUGGACUUGAGCAACAACUAUUUUGAUGGCAACAUCACUUCAGAGAUUGGAGGGUUGACAGAGCUUCAGUAUCUUAGCUUUUACAACAACUAUCUCGUUGGUAACAUCCCCUACCAGAUUACCAAUCUUCAAAAGUUAUGGUACUUGGACCUUGGAUCCAACUACUUACAAUCUCCAGACUGGUCUAAGUUUUCGAGCAUGCCUCUGCUGACACGACUGAGCUUCAACUACAAUGAACUUGCAUCAGAAUUCCCGGGGUUCAUAACUGAUUGCCGGAACCUGACAUACCUCGACUUAGCACAGAAUCAAUUGACUGGCGCAAUACCAGAGUCGGUAUUUAGCAAUCUGGGCAAGCUUGAAUUCCUCAAUUUCACUGACAAUUCAUUCCGGGGGCCAUUGUCAUCCAACAUUUCCAGGCUUUCCAAGCUCCAAAACCUUCGCCUAGGAAGAAACCAAUUCAGUGGUUCAAUUCCUGAAGAAAUCGGUACGCUCUCUGAUCUUCAAAUAUUAGAAAUGUACAACAAUUCAUUUGAAGGGCAGAUUCCUUCUUCUAUAGGUCAGCUCAGAAAGCUUCAGAUACUCGAUAUCCAAAGAAAUGCCCUGAAUUCUACAAUUCCGUCUGAGCUUGGCUCUUGUGCUAAUCUCACCUUCUUAUCUCUAGCUGUGAACUCACUAUACGGGGUGAUUCCUUCUUCCUUCACCAAUCUUAACAAGAUAUCCGAGUUGGGUUUGUCAGACAAUUUUUUAUCUGGUGAGAUCUCACCUUAUUUCAUCACUAAUUGGACUGCACUGAUCUCUUUGCAAGUUCAGAACAAUAGCUUCACUGGAAAAAUCCCAUCUGAGAUUGGCCUUUUGGAAAAGCUGAAUUACCUUUUCCUGUAUAAUAAUAUGCUGUCCGGGGCAAUCCCAUCAGAGAUUGGGAAUUUGAAAGACUUGCUUCAACUAGACCUUUCACAAAAUCAGCUUUCGGGUCCAAUCCCUGUAGUAGAGUGGAAUCUCACACAGCUUACUACCUUACAUCUUUAUGAAAACAAUCUCACUGGAACAAUUCCUCCAGAGAUUGGUAACUUGACAUCAUUGACUGUUCUUGAUCUCAACACUAACAAAUUGCAUGGAGAGCUGCCAGAGACAUUGUCACUCCUCAAUAAUCUAGAGAGACUCUCCGUGUUCACCAACAAUUUCUCAGGCACCAUUCCGACUGAACUUGGGAAGAACAGCCUCAAGUUGACGCAUGUCAGUUUUGCCAACAACAGCUUCUCAGGAGAAUUGCCUCCUGGAUUAUGUAAUGGCUUUGCUCUUCAAAAUUUAACGGCAAAUGGAGGCAACAACUUCACAGGACCAUUGCCAGAUUGCUUGAGGAACUGCACGGGGCUAACUCGAGUCCGUCUUGAAGGGAACCAAUUCACUGGAGACAUUUCCAAGGCAUUUGGAGUUCAUCCAAGUCUCGUUUUCCUUUUUCUGAGUGGCAAUCGAUUUUCUGGUGAGCUUUCACCUGAGUGGGGGGAAUGUCAAAAGCUCACUCGCUUGCAGAUGGAUGAUAAUAAAAUUUCUGGAGAAAUCCCAGCCGAGCUUGGGAAGUUGUCACAACUGAGGGUUCUGAGCCUGGAUUCCAAUGAAUUGAGUGGGCAAAUUCCAGUGGCACUGGCGAAUUUAAGCCAAUUGUUCAACCUCAGCUUGGGUAAAAAUCAUCUGACAGGAGACAUCCCCCAGUUCAUAGGCACUUUAACUAAUCUCAAUUAUCUGAAUUUAGCAGGAAACAAUUUCAGUGGAAGCAUACCAAAAGAGCUGGGGAAUUGUGAGCGCUUGUUGAGCUUGAACUUGGGCAACAAUGAUUUGUCCGGUGAAAUACCUUCAGAGCUUGGAAACUUGUUCUCCUUGCAGUACCUUUUGGAUCUCAGUAGCAAUUCGCUCUCUGGGACAAUCCCUUCAGACCUGGGGAAGCUUGCCUCAUUGGAGAACCUGAAUGUCUCACAUAAUCAUCUCACAGGGAGAAUCCCAUCAUUAUCAGGCAUGGUCAGUCUAAACUCCUCUGAUUUCUCAUACAAUGAACUGACAGGUUCAAUCCCAACUGGCAAUGUCUUCAAGCGGGCAAUUUAUACUGGAAACUCGGGUUUGUGUGGAGAUGCAGAAGGAUUAAGUCCUUGUUCUUCAAGUUCCCCAAGCAGCAAGUCAAACAAAAAAACCAAGAUUCUAAUUGCUGUCAUUGUUCCAGUCUGUGGCCUCUUAUUACUUGCAAUUGUUAUUGCUGCAAUUCUUAUACUUCGAGGGCGAACUCAACACCAUGAUGAAGAGAUCAAUAGUCUAGACAAGGAUCAGAGUGGCACACCCUUGAUUUGGGAAAGACUGGGAAAAUUCACAUUUGGGGAUAUUGUGAAAGCCACUGAAGACUUCAGCGAUAAGUACUGUAUUGGAAAAGGAGGAUUUGGGACUGUUUACAAAGCGGUAUUACCAGAGGGUCAGAUUGUUGCGGUCAAAAGACUCAAUAUGUUAGACUCCAGCGACCUUCCAGCAACAAAUAGGCAGAGUUUUGAGAGUGAAAUUGUCACUCUGAGAGAAGUUCAGCAUAGGAAUAUCAUUAAACUUCAUGGGUUCCAUUCCAGGAAUGGAUUCAUGUACUUAGUGUAUAACUACAUAGAGAGAGGUAGUUUGGGGAAAGUACUAGAUGGGGAGGAAGGGAAAGUGGAGCUGGGGUGGGCCACAAGAGUUAGGAUUGUGCGGGGAGUGGCUCAUGCGCUUGCUUACUUGCAUCAUGACUGCUCUCCAGCCAUUGUCCACCGUGAUGUUACUCUGAACAAUAUCUUGCUGGAGUCAGAUUUUGAGCCACGGCUCUCAGACUUUGGCACAGCGAGAUUGUUGGACCCGAAUUCAUCCAACUGGACUACAGUUGCAGGGUCUUAUGGCUACAUUGCCCCAGAGCUUGCACUUACAAUGAGGGUCACGGACAAGUGCGAUGUGUAUAGCUUUGGGGUGGUGGCAUUGGAAGUGAUGCUGGGAAGGCACCCAGGGGAGCUCCUACUUUCAUUGCCUUCUCCAGCAAUAUCUGAUGAUUCAGGGUUGUUCUUGAAGGACAUGCUAGAUCAGAGGCUCCCAGCUCCCACAGGCCGACUGGCAGAGGAAGUGGUGUUUGUGGUCACGAUAGCCUUGGCAUGCACGGGUGCCAAUCCAGAGUCACGGCCCACCAUGCGCUUCGUUGCACAAGAACUCUCUGCUCAAACCCAGGCUUGCCUAUCUGAGCCAUUCCACACUAUAACCAUGGGCAAGCUAACAAGCUUUCAGAAGUAGGUCGAAUUGGUUUAACAUCCUUACAUUUAUAGUUGUUGGGUCUUAAGCCCUGUAUAGCGAGACAUGUUGCAAUGUUUGUAAUGUAAUAUAUGACUUCUAUUCAUUCAUUAGCAUUAUGUAUGUGUAUUGAUAGUUCCUUUUUCUUUAUUAUUUUGAUGCAUACUUAACCCAAUCAAUUCACAUUGUAUAUAGUUUGGAUGUAGGUGGAUACAUAGAGGACACAAUUGUGGGUUCCUUAUAGAUUGAUACUAUUGUUCACAAUGGUUCAUGAACUCAAGUAGUUGAAUAGUGCUGUGUGUGCUACCUCUCAUGUAGGUGGGAUAACAUGUCUAUUGCUAUUUGAGUGAUAUGUGUUCUUUUAGAUACUAUUUUGUAGGAGUUUUUAACCUUGAGGCUUACUUGGGCUAGUGUU